CCUGUGCUCCUCACUAGAACAGACAGAAGUUGAACAUCACAGGUUACAGUCGGUGAAAGGGGCUGGUGUCUGUCGUUGGAGAUCUUCAGGUGGGAUCGCCAAAGGACAUCUUGAAAGUGGGAAAUGUGUCCGGAGCAUCACUUAAAGUUUCAUUCGCAAGCAGGAUGGAGGGACUGGACAUGUACACUGUGGAGUCUUCCCCUGUGAAACAAACUGUUUCCGUCUCAUCAGUCACUGAACAUCCUCUAAUCCAGAAGAAGGACCCGUUCACCAUGCUGGCCAGCCAGAUCCGCUCUAACACGUUCAAUAUCUCAUCCCUCUUGGAGGAAAAGAGCUUAGCAUUGGACAGAAAAAAUUGUCAGCCAAUCAACAUUCAGAUGGCACUUCUAGCCAAUCACUUGAGUUGUGACAAUCUGGGCAUAAAGACAUCAGAGACCUUCACCAGGAAGACAGACCACCAUAAUUUCACGGGAGACCAAAAACAUCACGUCACAUCAGGAAGAAAUAAAGUUAGAGAUGACUCCCUUCGAAACAGGAAGUAUCCUUGCCCUCUGUGUGGGAAGCGCUUCCGGUUCAACAGCAUCCUGUCCCUGCACAUGCGCACCCACACUGGUGAGAAGCCAUUCAAAUGCCCAUACUGUGACCACAGGGCAGCACAGAAAGGCAACUUGAAGAUCCACCUGCGCACCCACCGCCUGGCCAUCCAGAGUAAGGGCUUAGGACACGACAGGGAGGAGAGCCAUCUUCUGAGGGAGCUGGAGCAGCGUGCCGUCACCAGAGAGAAGCAAGCAAACUGCACAAGCCCACCCAGCAGCACCGUCUUAAACUACAACUCCCAGAGUUCUCCAGGAGUUCUCUGCGAUGGGAAUCCGAAUCCAUCACAGUCCCGUCCACAUUCAGUUCCGUCUAUUCAGGAGCAGCCGCUCCCGAUCCAGCAGCAGAGCUUCCGAUGCGGGUUCUGCAAAGGAAAGUUCCGGAAGCAGGAGGAGUUGGAACGCCACAUUCGGAUCCUGCACAAGCCCUACAAGUGCACCUUCUGCAAGUUCGCCGCCGCCCUGGAGACCGACCUGCUGCAGCACGUGGACAAAGUCCAUGUCGUCUCGACGACGGCGACGCCGCCAUCCCCCCAGGUGGUGUUGCAAAAGGAUAUCAGCAAGGAGCAGAGUCCCACGCAAGCCUUCCGGUGCGAGGUGUGCGGCCAGGCUUUCAAGCAGGCCUGGUUCCUCAAGGGCCACAUGAGGAAGCACAAGAACUCGUACGAUCACAGCUGCGGUGUCUGUGGCCGCCGCUUCAAGGAGUCCUGGUUCCUCAAGAACCACAUGAAGGUGCACCUCAACAAGCUGGCCGCAAGAGGGACCCCGCCGGGACAUGGACGCGCGUAUGCCACCCACAUCGGCAACAAUCGAGAGAUCCCCUGCAGGCUUCAGUCACAGUUCAUCUCCAGGCUGCACAACGAGGUUCUCCUCGCCGUUCUCUCGGAGAGGCAGAAGGUUCUAGCGGAGGCAGGGAUCGAACUGAACAGCCAAAAGGUGCUGGAGAAACUCCUGCUGCCAGUAGCUGGACAGAAUCACAGUUUAGCGGCAGAGGACUCACAGCCAGUGGUCACAGACCUACCAGCAGAGAAGCCCUCACACUCGCAACCACCACACAAACCUUCUAAAGUGCUGAACGUGGACCAUGGGGGCCAUACGCAGGGAGAGGAGCUAGCUGUAGGGUUGUAUUCAUACGCAGACCAGCUGAGUAUGUUGCAAAAUGACAUAGAAAUCACUGAGAACCUCAUGAUGAGAGGUGAAGUGGACUGCUCGGCAGAAGACCCGGUACACAAUCAAGUGGUCAGCGGAAGCUGGCGUCCCGACAGAAGCAGCAGUAACGUGGGCUUCAGGACAGCGGUUUCCGGCCGCUGGGGAGGCUGGACGGGGCGGCCCAGCGAGUGCCCGGACUGCGGCCGAGUCUUCAGGACCUACCACCAGCUGGUCCUCCACUCGCGGGUACACAAGAAGCAGCGGCAGCUGAGGGGACAGGAAACUCCCUCCGGCUGGACGAUGCUGAACGGAGGCGGCGGUGCUCCCAAAGACCGAGCCCAGCUCCUAGCUGCCUUCAGCAAGCCAGGUGAACCACAAGGGUGCCGCGCGACAGACGGUAAUGCUGCACCAGGAGGCCCCCCCGCAGAGGACAAAUCCAGCCAAGCUUCCCCUCACUCCUUCAUUCCAUAUGCAGGUCAGGCUCAUCAGGCCAGAGGUGGCACUGGUUGUAAGGAGUGCUCCGUGUGUGGGAAGAUUUUCCGUACGGCUCAACGCCUUAAGGUUCACAGUCGAAUCCACACAGGUGAGAAGCCGUACAAGUGUCCUUUCUGUUGCUACGCUGGCAGCCAGUUCACGUCCCUCAAGUAUCACCUGCAGCGUCACCACAAUCAGCCACCAACCCCCCAUCACCAUGGAGACGACCCCUGCAAACCCUGGGCACCAGGCACAAUCAGGGGGUGUGAUGAUGAUGAUGAUGAUGACCCGACCCUGGAGCCACAGCAGGAACCCCUGGACCUGUCCAUCAAAAGGGAGGGCGGGGCUGAGACUGACCGAACACCCCCAGCCUCUCGCAGCCUCCAGCCUCCUCUCCGAGUGUCAUCUCUCCACCUGGCACCUCCUGCCACUUUCUCCAUCUUCUCCUCCCUCCCCUGCUCCUCUGCAGCCUCUCUCACAGCCUCCUCCACCUCCUCCUCCCCUUCCCUAACAGAGGCCAGUUCUCCUUUCAAUGUCUCCUCUUUAGUGCCGUCCUCUCUUUUCAACAAGCCUCCAUUUGUAUCCACCCUGGUGUCCACCUCUCCAUUUCCCACUCUCUACGGCUCCUCUCCGUUAAGUGUCUCUUCUGUCGGUUCUUCACCUCCUUUCUCGCCUCUCUAUCCAAACUCUCCCUACAGCCUUUCAAAUAUCACCUCCUCCUCCUCCCUUAGCAGUUUCUCCCUCUUGCCGAACUCCUCGGUCAUCACCUCCCACAGAGCAGCUGCUUCCUCCUCCUGUGACUCCUGGUCUGAUGUCACUUCCUCUGUCUGUGCGUCUUCUCUCUGCGCCCCCGUCCAAACCAGCGCUCCCUCCUCCUCUCUCUGCGCCCCCGUCCAAACCAGCGCUCCCUCCUCCUCUCUCUGCGCCCCCGUCCAAACCAGCGCUCCCUCCUCCUCUCUCUCAGUGUCCCCCUCUCUCUCCACCUCCCCCUCUCUGUCGCUCUCUUCCUUCGCUCAGUUCAGCAGCAGCGCCCCUUUCUCUGUCUGCACCUCCCUUCCUGGUUUCACCUCCUCCUCCAGUCACCCCUCCCUCUGCUCCUCCUCUCUGGGUCAGGAGAAAGUGAACGGUUAUGGCGGUCCUAAGACGAUGAGGAUGGGCAGUGACCCGUUGGGAGCGGAUGAGAAAGAGGACUCCACCCCUGGAGAGGUGACCAAGGGAUCUGCUAGGUCCUCUAUGGGCCUACCUGAACUCCUAAUCUCACACUGGGGCAUAGACGCUAAACUGGACAACCCCGGGAAGGGAGAAGAUGCUGUCCUCUCUAGAUGCAGAGAAACUGGUUCAGUGGGAUUGUUUUCACAGAACGCUGGUCAUAGCCCACUGCCCUGCAUGGAUGUGGGAGGCCACGGGGUUGGGCUGAUAGUGUCCAAAUCUGGACAGGCAGCUUCACUAGAACACUGACACAUCCAAGUGUCUAUUCUGACUGAAAACAGGUGUCUACAGGUACUCAUGUGAGAAUACAGUUGUUACAGUGAUUAUGAAGUAUAUGUUUAUUGUUAUGUUGGUGACUAUGAUGAUUAUAGUUGAAGAUGUGAUGAUGUUUGUGGUAAGAUACUGUAUCAGCAUGGCUAUCAGGUAAAAUGGUCCCUGCCUCACUGAUUUACACUUGGGAACUGGAUUUGUGUGAUUGUGUAUGUUACUUCUGCAUAAACCUUGCUGUAGGCAUCAGUGUGUACAGUAUAUGAGAGAAGACUGGGGCUUCUGGUCUGUAUUUGUGGAGCUCAAUAAAGAAUUUGUGUGUUUACACAGCCACUCA